AUGGCAACCAACAUCACCUGGCACGCGGGCCUCACCCGCAAGGAGCGCACCGAACUCCGCAAGCAGAAGGGUGCGACCAUCUGGUUCACUGGCCUCUCUGCCUCGGGCAAGUCGACCAUUGCCACGGCUCUGGAGCAGCACUUGCUUCACCUUGGUCUGCAGACUUAUCGUCUUGACGGUGACAAUGUCCGCUUUGGGUUGAACAAGGACUUGGGCUUCUCGCCUAAGGACCGGGAGGAGAACAUUCGUCGGAUUGCUGAGGUCGCCAAGCUCUUCGCCGACUCUACCACCCUCGCCCUCACCUCCUUCAUCUCCCCCUACAAAGCCGACCGCGAGCUUGCACGAAAACUGCACGCCGACACCACCAACACCGACUCCCCUCUCCCAUUCAUCGAGGUCUUCGUCGACAUCCCAGUGGAGGAAGCGGAGAAGAGAGAUCCAAAGGGCCUGUACAAGAAGGCUAGAGCAGGCGAGAUCAAGGAGUUCACCGGUAUCAGCGCUCCAUACGAGGCUCCAGAGAACGCAGAGAUCCACAUCCACUCUGAGAAGACGAGCGUUGAGGAGGCGGUGGCUAUCAUCACGAAGUACUUGGAGGAGAAGGGAUUGUUGAAGGCUUGA